GUCCAGAGCUCCAGGCUGCCAUUGUUGUCUGAUGCCAUGCCAGCACCAGCUCAUCUAUUUCCAUUGAUUCGUAACUGUGAGAUCAGCAGAAUAUGCAGCACUGUGUGUUACUGCCACCAUAAACAUCUGUGUUGUUUAUCAUCCCAUUUUGCUCACAGUCACUUCAGAUAUGCACCUCAGAAGAAAUCUGCAGCACUUUGUAGGCCAAAGGAGGACUUCAGUCACUUCAUUCACAUGAGGGAUUAUGCUUCCACACCACAGAGGUUUUACCUCACUCCUCCACAGGUCAACAGCAUUCUGAAGGCAAAUGAAUACAGUUUCAAAGUUCCAGAAUUUGAUGGUAAAAAUGUAAGUUCUGUCCUUGGCUUCGAUAGUAACCAGCUGCCUGCUAAUGCUCCGAUAGAAGACCGGAGGAGUGCUGCCACUUGCUUACAGACAAGAGGAAUGCUUCUGGGUGUGUUUGAUGGCCAUGCAGGUUGUGCUUGUGCUCAGGCUGUCAGUGAAAGACUAUUUUACUACAUUGCUGUCUCUCUGUUACCUCAUGAGACUUUACUUGAAAUAGAAAAUGCUGUGGAAAGUGGCAGGGCUCUGUUGCCCAUUUUACAGUGGCACAAGCAUCCCAAUGAUUACUUUAGCAAAGAAGCUUCCAAGCUUUACUUCAAUAGUCUAAGAACUUACUGGCAGGAACUCAUUGAUCUCAACAGUGGAGAGACUACUGAUGUGAAAGAAGCUUUAAUUAAUGCUUUUAAGAGGCUUGAUAAUGAUAUUUCUUUGGAAGCUCAAGUAGGAGAUCCAAAUUCUUUUCUCAACUACCUAGUACUGCGAGUAGCAUUUUCUGGGGCGACUGCCUGUGUGGCCCAUGUGGAUGGUGUUGACCUGCACAUUGCAAACACAGGUGAUAGUAGAGCAAUGCUUGGGGUUCAGGAGGAAGAUGGAUCUUGGUCUGCAGUUAACCUGUCUUAUGAUCACAAUGCGCAAAAUGAACAGGAAGUGGAACGUGUGAAAAUGGAGCAUCCAAAGUCUGAAGAGAAAAGUCUUGUGAAACAGGAUCGUCUCUUAGGUCUCCUGAUGCCUUUCAGAGCUUUUGGUGAUGUGAAGUUUAAGUGGAGUAUUGAACUACAGAAGAGAGUAGUAGAAUCAGGCCCAGAUCAGCUGAAUGAUAACGAAUAUACAAAGUUUAUUCCUCCAAACUAUCACACUCCCCCAUACCUCACAGCUGAGCCAGAAGUCAUCUAUCAUAGAUUGCGACCACAGGACAAGUUCCUGGUUUUGGCCACAGAUGGGUUGUGGGAGACAAUGCACAGGCAAGAUGUGGCUAGGAUUGUAGGGGAGUACCUCACUGGUGUUCACCAUCAACAGCCAAUAGCUGUUGGUGGCUAUAAGGUAACUCUGGGACAGAUGCAUGGUCUCCUAACAGAAAGGAGAGCAAGAAUCUCUUCAGUCUAUGAAGAUCAGAAUGCCGCAACUCACCUGAUACGUCAUGCAGUGGGUAACAAUGAGUUUGGCACUGUGGAUCACGAGCGAUUGUCCAAGAUGCUUAGUCUUCCAGAGGAGCUGGCUCGGAUGUAUAGAGAUGACAUGACAAUUAUUGUAGUGCAGUUCAACUCCCACGUUAUAGGGGCAUGUCAAAAUGAGGGACUGUGAAUGUACUGUAAAGAACUACUUACCAAAGUUGUAACAUGGCCAGUAUGAGCAGCAAAUGAAAAACCACACAACAGUAAAACCCCAGAAACCCCUCGGCAAACAAAUUGGUUUCAGCAUUUCUAUUGUUCCUGCCUUCCCGCAGAGCUCUA